AUGGGUGAAGUGCAGUUGAAGCUCAUGCAAAAUCCCUCCUCAUCCUCAGCAAACCAUGGUUCUGUGGCUUGGCUUGCAGAAGGGAUUAGCAUAGAAGAUGCACAGGACCAGCUAAGAUCUGAGCUCCAGAGACUUCCCAGCCUCAUGUCUACCAGACAGGAAGUCAAAGUCUCUGAGAAGAGACAGAGACUUUCUGCCCAAAUUGAGAAAUUCAAUGCAACAGGACAAGCAUUUCUCAAAGGUUUGGAGGUGGAUGAUGUUGUCACUGCCCAGGAUGAUCCAGCAUUUCUGGGGCAAGAUGAUGUGGAGGAUGAAGUGGAAGAUGAAAGAGAGUUUUGGGAAGAUGAUGAUGAGGACUGGGAGGCAGCAGAGGAGGAAGGAGACCUGGCUGUGGAAGUCAUGAGUAUCUGGAUGCCAUCUUCCAUUGGAACAACCAAACUGAUGGAGCUUGGCCUUCAUGCCCUUGUCAAAGAAGAAAUGGAACUUAGGAUUGGGCAGGCUAAUGAUUGCUUAGAUCAGCUCCAAACAGACCUGGGAAACAAGGCAAUGUUGUACAGGCAGAAUUUCUGGAAUGCAGGUUCCACCAGGGAGGGCACCAGAACCAAGAAGGAGAUCCAAAAGGUGGUGUCUCAGAUAAAUAAGCAUGCCAGAAGUUAUCAGAGGUCAAGGGGCUUGAUGGAAGAGUUCUACAGGAUUAAUUUGCUCAAAGCAAGGGCAAGAAGGGACAGAUGGAAAGAAGAGUUGUCAUUGGUCAGGCAUGAGAUGCUUUGGAGCACCUUAUGGUUCAAGUCCAAGAAGAACAGAUGGGAGAAAAGGGCUGAGCAAUCUUUGGAGCCAGGGACAGAAGCUUAUGCUAAUAAGCAGAUGGGGUUGUGGGGUGAUUUUGCCAAAAAGGCCAGGUUGAUGUUCCAAGGCAAGUUCAAAGAUGCCCAAGGAAAUUCUGAGCUCAGGGCAGAGAUCCUUCAGCAUGCAUCUGAGGGAUCUGUGGCACUGCCACAGAAUUUGAGAGUGGCCAUCAGAAGGCACUUUUUGCCAAAACUAGACCCAAAUGACCAGGAUGACAAGGAGAAAAUCAUCCAGCACAUCCUGGCUGUAGGUGAAAAGAAGGAAGAGAGUGGUGAGGGUGAGGAUGCCAGAGAGGAGAGAGCCAGACCUGUGAAGGCAGGUGACUACAGAAAGGCCUUUGCCAAAUUUACUGCAGGCCAGCAGCUCUUCAAGGAGGACAUGGAUGCCUAUGAUAGGGAGAGGAGGGACACUAAGGACCCCAAGACCAUAGGCCAGAGGACAAAAAUCAUCCAACAGUGGUGGGAAUCUGUUUCUGAGGAGAAAAAAGCUGAAGCUGGGAGGGCAGCUGUGAUAUUCAAGUUGGAAUGCCUUCUACUGACUCUGCAAAUACACAGGUACCAGAGAAAGAACUUCCCUGGCAUGGCUAGAGAGUUCAUGGACACAGUUCAGAGAACCAUGGGCUGCCAUAUAGUGAUGUUUGCAGCACACCAGACCCCUGAUUCACAGAUCAAGAUGGUAGUCUCUGAGACACAACUCCCUGAUGGGAACAAGGUCUUCUCCCAGUCUUCUGAGGCCACAAAGGAUUGGGUGGUGAAGGGGGAGGAUAUGUUGUCUGAAUAUCUUUUGAAGGAACCUGGUCUUCACCAGUCCAAAGCUGGGCUGGAGUCUGGUCAGGGGUCAGAGGAUAAUAUGAGAUACUAA